AUCGCACUAAGUUGCACCCUCCUCGCUCGCCGUACCUCGGAUUCUACCAUCGCCUCGACAGCCGGGAGGGAGGUCGGAGUCGGGAGAGACGACGGGGGUGGGGGGGUAAGAGAGGAGGAGGAGGAGGAGGACGAGGACAGCGACCAGCCGACCCAGCCCGCGGCGGGUCCUCCCCUUCUCCCUUCCCCCUUCCCCUCCCCCUCUCCGUGCCGGGGGCGUCCUCGGACGGCGGAGACCCGCAUCUCGUCCCUGUGGCCGCGCGGGAGGCCUGACAUAUGAAGAAAGACGUUAUCUGCAUCCAGAGAAAGAACUGAUAAAUAGAAAUUUCAACACUAAACUCCCACAAUGUCCCUGAAACCAAGAGUAGUGGAUUUUGAUGAAACAUGGAACAAACUCUUAACGACAAUCAAAGCUGUUGUCAUGUUGGAUUACGUUGAAAGAGCAACUUGGAAUGAUCGCUUUUCAGACAUCUAUGCUUUAUGUGUGGCCUAUCCUGAACCUCUUGGUGAAAGACUUUACACAGAGACGAAAAUUUUUUUGGAAAAUCACGUACGCCAUUUGCACAAGAGAGUUCUGGAGUCUGAAGAACAAGUAUUGGUUAUGUAUCAUAGGUAUUGGGAAGAAUAUAGCAAAGGGGCAGACUAUAUGGACUGUUUAUACAGGUAUCUCAACACACAAUUUAUUAAAAAGAAUAAAUUGACAGAAGCUGAUCUUCAGUAUGGUUAUGGUGGUGUAGAUAUGAAUGAACCACUUAUGGAAAUAGGAGAGCUAGCAUUGGAUAUGUGGAGAAAAUUGAUGGUUGAGCCACUUCAGGCAAUCCUUAUACGAAUGCUCCUUCGAGAAAUAAAAAAUGAUCGCUGUGGGGAAGACCCAAAUCAAAAAGUAAUCCAUGGGGUUAUUAACUCCUUUGUUCAUGUUGAACAGUAUAAGAAAAAAUUCCCCUUAAAGUUUUAUCAGGAAAUUUUUGAGUUGUCUUUUCUGACUGAAACAGGGGAGUAUUAUAAACAAGAAGCUUCAAAUUUGUUACAAGAAUCAAACUGUUCACAAUAUAUGGAAAAGGUCCUAGGUAGAUUAAAAGAUGAAGAAAUGCGAUGUAGAAAAUAUUUGCAUCCAAGUUCAUAUAGUAAAGUGAUUCAUGAAUGUCAGCAGCGAAUGGUGGCAGACCAUUUACAGUUCCUACAUGCAGAAUGUCACAAUAUUAUCCGACAAGAGAAAAGAAGUGAUAUGGCAAAUAUGUACACCUUGCUUCGUGCUGUGUCAACUGGUUUACCUCAUAUGAUUCAAGAACUACAGAACCAUAUUCAUGAUGAGGGUCUUAGAGCAACUGGUAAUCUUUCUCAGGAAAAUAUGCCAACUCAAUUUGUGGAAUCAGUUUUGGAGGUGCAUGGUAAAUUUGCCCAACUUAUCAACACUGUUUUGAAUGGUGAUCAGCACUUCAUGAGUGCCCUGGAUAAGGCUUUGACUUCAGUAGUAAACUAUAAAGAACCCAAAGCUAUUUGCAAAGCGCCUGAACUGCUGGCUAAGUACUGUGACAACUUGCUAAAAAAAUCAGCAAAAGGAAUGACUGAGAAUGAAGUGGAAGACAAGCUCACCAGCUUCAUUACUGUUUUCAAAUAUAUUGAUGAUAAAGAUGUUUUUCAAAAGUUUUAUGCAAGAAUGUUGGCCAAACGUUUAAUUCAUGGCCUGUCUAUGUCUAUGGAUUCUGAAGAAGCCAUGAUCAAUAAAUUAAAGCAAGCCUGUGGAUAUGAGUUUACAAGCAAACUCCAUCGAAUGUAUACAGACAUGAAUGUCAGUGCCGAUCUUAACAACAAAUUCAACAAUUUUAUAAAAAACCAGGACACUGUAAUAGAUCUGGGAAUUAGUUUUCAAAUAUAUGUGCUACAGGCUGGUGCAUGGCCUCUUACUCAGUCUCCUUCCUCUACAUUUGCCAUCCCUCAGGAACUGGAAAAAAGUGUACAAAUGUUUGAAUUAUUUUACAGUCAGCAUUUCAGUGGAAGGAAGCUCACAUGGUUACAUUAUCUUUGUACAGGUGAAGUUAAAAUGAAUUAUUUGUCCAAACCCUAUGUGGCCAUGGUGACAACAUACCAAAUGGCAGUACUACUUGCUUUUAAUAAUAGCGAAACUGUCAGUUUCAAAGAGCUUCACGACAUCACACAGAUGAAUGAAAAGGAAUUGGCAAAAACUAUCAAAUCAUUACUUGAUGUGAAAAUGAUUAACCAUGAUUCAGAAAAGGAAGACAUAGAUGCAGACUCUACUUUUUCAUUAAAUAUGAACUUCAGCAGUAAAAGAACAAAAUUUAAAAUUACAACAUCAAUGCAAAAAGACACACCACAGGAGAUGGAGCAGACCAGAAGUGCUGUAGAUGAAGACAGGAAAAUGUACCUCCAGGCUGCUAUAGUCCGCAUCAUGAAAGCUCGAAAAGUGUUGCGGCAUAAUGCUCUUAUUCAGGAGGUUAUUAGUCAGUCAAGAGCUCGGUUUAACCCAAGCAUUAGCAUGAUCAAGAAGUGCAUUGAAGUUCUGAUAGACAAACAGUACAUUGAAAGAAGCCAAGCAUCAGCAGAUGAAUACAGCUAUGUGGCGUGAUGACGCCAGCUGCCCUGCAGGUGUGCUUUUAAGAAGAUCAUAACAGUCACUAUUUGGUGUGUUCCUGUGGGAAGAUGCAGGCUUGUGCCUCCAUAAUUGGUCACUUGGCAGCCCCUGUUUUUCUGCUGUUUACAACAUCACCAGUGCCACGUCAUGAGCGUCAAUGAAAAUGCCUAUAGAUAUUUCAAGCUCAUGUCAUUAUGACAUUUCUUAAAACUUUACUAAAUGAAUGAGUGAAGUAUUGCUGAAAUGUGGAAAUUUGGUUGGGUACCAUGCUUUUUUUUUUCCUCCCUCAUGUUUGCAGUUGAUGUGUUUUUUUUAAUGUAUCUUAAAGGACAUAAAGUAAAAACCUAAAUAUUGUAAUAUGACAGAUAACCUAAUAAUUGUAUCUACAUUAAAAUGACAAACA